AUUUGGCUUCAAUUGCAUGCAAUGAACAUGUUGAACGCAAGCCGCACCGCGUCGUCGCAAUUUGCGUCUAGCUCCAAUUCACGCCCAGCGCGCUAUCUUAGCGUCCGCAGCCGGCGAACCGCUGUGAGGACCCAGGCGCUGCUGAAAGAGGCAGAAAGCGUUGCCAGGCGUGUAAAGUGGAGCCAAACCGCCGAUGAGGUGUCCGUUGUGGUUCCUGUUCCGGCGGACGUGCGGGGUCGGGAUGUGAAGCUGGAGGUGCACCCCAAGCGGCUGCGGUUGGCGGUUUCGGGGCAGGCGGUGCUGGAGGGCAGCCUGGAGGACGCGGGGGAGGUGCGGGUGGACGACUGCUUCUGGACGCUGGAGGCCGAAGACCCCUCCUCCUCCGCCUCCUCCGCUGCCUCCCCCGCUGCCACCAGCGGUCCGCAGCGCUUCAUCGUGGUGACGCUGUCCAAGGCUGCUAUGGGCUACAUGAGCUGGGAGGCGCUGCUGGAGAGCGACCGACCCGACCUCACCGUCACUCACAGGGUGGGCCUCAAGGUCAGCAUCGGCGGCCAGCCCGCCGGUACGGUUGUGUGCGGGCUGUGUGGCAACACGGUGCCUCGUACGGCGGAGAACUUCCGCGCACUGGUCACCGGGGAGCGGGGCGUGUCGGAGCUGUCUGGGAAGCCGCUCAGCUACAAGGGGAGCAGCUUCCAUCGAAUCAUUCCAGGCUUCAUGGUGCAGGGUGGUGACUUCACGCACGGCGACGGAACGGGUGGAGAGUCCAUUUACGGGGAGCGAUUCCAGGAUGAGAACUUCCGUCUGCGCCACGAGACCGCCGGGCUGCUGGCGAUGGCCAAUGCGGGGCCGGACACCAACGGCUCGCAGUUCUACAUCACUCUGGCGCCGCAGCCGCAUCUGGACGGAAAGCAUGUGGUGUUUGGGAUUGUGGAGGCGGGCAUGGAGAUUGUCCGCUACAUGGAGAGCGAGGGCAGCCCCAGCGGCAAGGUGGAGCGACCCGUGACCAUCGAGGAGUGCUUCGAGCUGCCCCUGGACCCUGAGGAGUUGGAGCGGGUGACGGACGCCAACAAGCUGCUGCGGCUGGAACAAGCGGCCGCGUAGACAGGACAGGACAGGAGGCCCGGGGGGCUUCUAUUCCAUGUGGCUGGUUGGCGGCCCACGAGAUGAUGGCGGUAGAAGGUCGUGGUCGAUGGGAGGCGCUGUAUGUAUGUCAGCAGAGGGACGUUACGAAGGAGAGGACGGAAUCGGAGGUGGUCGACUGCGG